AUCCUAAUAUUUGUGUGGAAUUGCCUGAAUGGGAGAAGAAAGCGGCAGGUGCGUGAAAGAUGAUGACUGGGGAACUUGCUAUGGCUUGGCUGAACCAGCAGGUUAUUGUACCCGUAAUGCCCAGUGUACUGCUAAUCAAGGAUAUUGCUACAAUAGUACGAGUAGCUACACGUGCACAGGUACUAUCUACGAACAAGGAUGCGGGGAGGCUGCAUGUCACUGUUGUAUUAAUGAUACUUCCCUCUGUGUUCUGUUACCUGACUGCGAGAACAGUGGUGGAUCUUGCAUGAAACCUGCAAACUGGAGUACCUGUGUUGGUGCAAUUGACUCAACUGAUUGCCUUGGAGAUGACUGUGCCUGUUGCCAUCCAACAGCUGUUUCAGGAUGUUCACCAAAACCCAUCUGUUCAGACAAUAAUGGCUACUGCUUCAGUACGAGUAGCAGCCAUGUAUGCAAUGGUAUCACGUAUGACGAAGGGUGUGAUGGACCAAAUUGUGCUUGUUGUUUUAUGAAUCCUGAUAACUGUGUCGAAUUACCUGAAUGUGGAGGAGACAGUGGAAGAUGCGUAAAAGAUGAUGACUGGGGAACUUGCUAUGGCUUGGCUGAACCAGCAGGUUGCCUUGGAAACAAUUGCACUUGUUGCAGGGAUUGUACCCGUAAUGCCCAGUGUACUGCUAAUCAAGGAUAUUGCUACAAGAGUACGAGUAGCUACACGUGCACAGGUACCAUCUACGAACAAGGAUGCGGGGAGGCUGCAUGUCACUGUUGUAUUAAUGAUACUUCUCUCUGCGUUCUGUUACCUGGGUGUGAGAGCAAUAGCGGAUCUUGCAUGAAACCUAUAGACUGGAGUAGCUGUAAUGGGGCAGUUGAUUCCACUGAAUGCCUCGGAGAUGACUGUGCCUGUUGCAGUCCAGGAGUCUGUUCACCAAGCAGCGCCUGCACCGACAAUAAUGGUUACUGCUUCAGUGUGCUGAGCAGCCACGUAUGCAGUGGUACCGUGUUCUCUGAAGAAUGUAGUGGGACAGAUUGCUCCUGCUGCAUUGAAGAAUUCACAGUUUGUGGAAAUGACAGCACGUGCACAGCUCAAGGGGGUUACUGCUACAAUGAAUUAAGUGGCCAAGUUUGUAAUGACAUCAUUGAUGCAACACUGUGCUCUUCUAGUACAACAUGCAGCUGCUGCCUCCCUUCUCCAGGCUCAGGAUCUUCUGAAUCAGAAUCUGCAGAAGAUCAGUCUUCAGAAAUGGGAUCUGUAGAAGAAACUGGAUCUUCAGAAACAGGGUCUUCAGAAGUGCAAUCUUCAGAGGUAAAAUCUCCCAAUCCAAAUCUGCCUCUUCCUCCUCCUGUUCAUAAUCCUACUCGAGGAAGACCAGCUCAUCUUCGUACGCCAUAAUUAUCUACAUAGAUUAUUAGAUCUGAUUUAAGAUGGUUAUAGUUACGCUGAUUUAAGAUGGCUAUAGUUACUCUGAUUUAAGAUGGUUAUAGUUACUUUGAUUUAAGACAGUAGUUAAUCCACUGGACGUGCUUAAAACAAUCAGAAACUUUUGAAAAGGUUAUAUUUUUUGUUAAUUCCCAAACUUAUAACCUUUGUAUCUUUUCAAAAUUGCUUAUAUGAAUAAUUAUGUGCCUUUUUGCUUUGAUUCAUCAAAAUUGGAGAGUGAGUUCUGCAAAUAAAUUCAAAAAAUUC